AUGAGAGUUUCAGGGAGUGUAGGUCAAAAAUUAAGGAGAGUGAAUAUAGAUUAUUCAUAAUUCGAAAUGAUAGAGAAUUCUCUCGAAUAUUACUUAAAACCUUUGAAACCAAAAUUAAAUUAUUGCAAACUUUUACCAAAACAACAAUCUCCUAAAAGAGAAAUAACUCAUACUAUUUCUUGCAGAAUCAAACCCUAAAUAAUUACUUAAUAAUUAACUGAGCCAAUUAAUUAAAAAAGCUUAUAAACUCUGCCACUUAGAUAACCUAUUUCUCAAAAUGUUAAUCGUUCUUAUAUUCUAAGACACAAGAAACCAAGUAUUUAAGAACGAUAUAAAUAGAUGAUGGUAAAUUUAAUUUGAAAAAUAGGAAUAUAAUGUUGAAGAGCAAUUCAUAGAAUUGAGAAGAUUAAUGACUAGACAGAAAAAAUCCUCCAGUCUUGGAAAAAGAGUUAAAUUUUUAUAAUGA